UACGCGGAAAAGGUGUCCAGAGAGAGUUUGGACGCCUGCUGGGGUAGAACGUGGUAUAUUCCACACCACGGUGUCUACCACCCAGCGAAACCGGACAAAAUCAGAGUAGUUUAUGACUGCUCAGCGAGCUACCGAGGUGUGUCUCUCAACGAUCGACUGCUUCAGGGGCCCAACUUGACCAGCUCACUUAUCGGAGUGCUGCUGCGGUUCCGUCAGGAACCCUUCGCCAUCAUGGGAGAUGUUGAAAAGAUGUUCUACCAAGUUCGAGUUGCUGACAGAGACAGAAGUCUGUUACGAUUCCUCUGGUGGCCCGACGGGGACUUAUCUCGACAGUUGGAAGACUACCAAAUGAACGUUCACCUGUUUGGUGCGACGUCGUCGCCAUCCUGCGCGAACUUCGCGCUGCGAAGGACGGCUCAGGACUACGGAGGGCUGUAUCAACCGGAGGUAGCAAGGUGCAUACAGAGGAACUUCUACGUUGACGACUUUCUCAAGUCUGCGUCAACUGAGGACGAAGCAGCAGGGCUCGCGCUGGAAGUUCGUGAGUGCUGUGCCAGAGGAGGUUUCAGGUUAACGGGUUUUGUCAGCAACAGCUCAAGGGUGAUGUCAUGUCUCCCCGAAACAGAUCGUGCUCCGAGUCACAAAAUGGACCUCACUAAAGGUGUGCUGUCUCCGCAGAGAGCUCUAGGAGUACAGUGGGAUGUCGAUCAUGACACACUCAGCUUCAGAGUGGAGGUACAGCGUGGUCCAGCCUCGAGGAGAGGAAUCUUGUCCACUGUGAGUGCCAUGUAUGACCCCUUGGGAUUUGGAGCUCCAUUUUUGUUGCCAGCAAAAGUGUUGCUUCAGGACCUGUGCAGAUUACAGCUGGGUUGGGAUGAUCCAAUUCCCUACUCUCAUCUCCAGCGGUGGAAUCAGUGGUGUGAAGAGCUUGCAGACCUUCGAGAUUUUUCCGUUCCGAGAAGCGUCGCCCCACUGCAUGGUGAGGCUCGGAGUCGCCAGCUGCACAUGUUCGCAGAUGCGAGUGAAGUCGGGUAUGGAGCGGUUGGGUACGUUCGAGUAGAGGACGCUGCGGGAAGGAUUACGACAUCCCUACUGAUGAGCAAGUGCCGUGUAGCCCCAUUGAAGACCUGCUCCAUCCCUCGCCUGGAGUUGACGGCUGCCGCUCUGGCAGUACAAUUGAGCACUCAAAUACUCUCCGAGACAGAUCUGCAUUUCGAUGAGAUGUGUUUUUGGACCGAUAGAGUCUCAACGCUCCGCUACAUACAGAACGUCACAUCUCGCUUCCAGACGUUCGUGGCCAACAAAUUAGCCGUCAUCCAUGAUGGCUCAAGUCCUAACCAGUGGCGAUACGUCCCUUCAGAGCUGAAUCCGGCAGACAGCUUAUCCCGUGGUCAGUCAGGACCAGCGUUUCUUGCAUCUCGCUGGGUUCUUGGCCCAGCGUUCCUCGAGAGCGCCGCCUGUGAAUGGCCGGAUCAGUCACAAGUCCAACAGCUUCAGGGCAGUACAGAGGAGCUUGAGAUCAAGAAAAGCGUAGUCAGCGCCACCACAGCUACAGAAGGUAAUGACUACACUGCACAGCUGCUGAACAGCACAAGUGACUGGUUCAAGCUGAAGAAACGUGUCGCAUGGGUGCUUCGGUGGAAGCAGCUGCUGCAGAAGAGAGUAGCCGGCAGGAAGGAGUCCGGUACACGUGAUGAAGAUCUUCUUUCACCUAGGCUGUCCGUACAAGAACUUGAGAUGGCAGAAGCUGCGAUUCUGAGACAUGUUCAAGAACAGGCGUUUCCUGAAGAAAUGUCCGGUUCAGUGAGGAAGUCGAGCCGUUUGUUCCGUCUGAAUCCUUGUGUGGUUGACGGAACUCUACGAGUCGGAGGACGGCUCGUAAACGCUCAGAUUCCAGACGCUGCAAAACAGCUGAUUCUUCCCAAGAAUGGUCACGUCACUGACCUCAUUAUACGGGACAUGCACGAGAGAAAGGGACAUUCUGGAAGGGAACAUGUCCUGGCUGAGUUGCGCCGAAGGUUCUGGAUUGUGUCUGGAAGCUCUGCAGUACGCAGAGUUCUGUCAAGAUGCGUUAGAUGUCGAAAGAUUCAGGGAUCGGUGGUGACACAGCAGAUGUCGAACCUACCGGAAGACAGAACGGCGCCAGAAGGUGGAGUUUUCAGUCGAGUUGGGACCGAUUAUUUUGGUCCGUUCUAUGUCAAGGUGGGACGAAAGCAGAUGAAGAGAUAUUGUGUGCUUUUCACGUGUCUCGCAACUCGGGCUAUUCACAUCGAGGUUUGCGAAACCCUAGAUACAAGCUCUUUCAUUAAUGCUCUUCGCAGAUUCCAGGCUCGGAGAGGUCAAGUGAAGUUUAUCAGGUCUGACAAUGGGACGAAUUUCACAGGCACUGAGAGAGAGCUGAGAGAAGAAGUCCGCAAGCUGCAAGAGAAAAGUGUUCAUGACUGCUUACUGAAGGAGGGGAUCACGUGGAAGUUCACCCCUCCAGGUGCCUCAUCGCAAGGAGGUAUAUGGGAGAGACAAGUUCGGAGCAUCAGGAAAGUCCUGAAUGCGCUCCUCAGGGAGCAGACGAUGACUGACGAGUCGCUCCGCACGCUUCUAUGCGAAGUGGAGGCUGUGCUCAACAGUAGACCUCUAACGACGGUAUCAAGUGACCCAGCUGAUCUGCAGCCUCUCACCCCCAACGACCUCCUACUACUGCGUGGUGGUCCGGUGCCAGACGGCAUCUUCAGCGAGGGGGACAGCUGCUUUGGUCGAAGGUGGAAGCAGGUGCAAUAUCUCGCCGACCUGUUUUGGAAGCGUUGGGUAAAGGAAUACCUGCCACUUCUUCAGCAGCGCCAGAAGUGGGUCAGAACACGGAAGAACCUCUCUGUUGGUGACGUUGUUUUGGUCGUUGACGUUAACAGCCCGCGAUGUCGAUGGCCUCUUGGACGCGUAUUGGAGGUGUUUCCGGACAGCGAGGGUCUUGUGCGUUCCGCUAUGGUGAAAACGGCAAGCAGCGUCUUGAAGAGGCCGAUCUCGAAGUUAGUGUUUCUCAUCUAGAAUAAGUAAUGUGACGCACAUGGUGCGCACAUGGGGGCGGGUGUAGGCGGCGCCGCUGCGGCGCGCGGUGGAACGGGGGUGCGGGCUCCCAGUCGUGCGCCGCUCCGCUCAAGCCGGCUCGCUCUUCUCUCUGCCCCGGUUGCCUCCCCGCUCUGCCUGCCUGGAGAGCCGGGACGGCCGGGACUACCUCCCCUCGGUUUGCGAGUAGCAUCGCCCAUGGUCCUAGAGGUGGACAUUUUCGUAUGGCUUUUACUCUGUUUGUACUUGAUUUUGCUGUACUUUGCGUUUUUCCGUUGUAUCAUUUGUACUACGUUGAUUGUCGUAAACGACCAAUUUGAAAUGUAUCGCGUGAUUAUUUGCUAGUUUGAAUAUUCGAUGGCUCAUUGUUCGUUGGCGUAUUGUUAGAAGGCAAUUUCUGCAAUACUUCUCAGUACUCGUUUGUUGUGUGACGUGCCACCCGGCUCUAUGCCCGGCCAUGAUUCCGGAUCAUUCGCGCUGAUGGCGGCAGAGGCGGUCGUGUCGUGUCUGUGUUUGCGCGAGCGAUGAUAUGGCGUCGGAGAUGUGAGGCUGGCUUGGAAGGAUGCCUCUGGAUGUAUGGACGUUAGCCGCGAAGCGACCCAGAAGGCACAUUUGUCGCAACGACUGUUACUCUCGAGAUCGUGUGGGCUAUCUACUCAGCUCACUCGGUCCAAUAAACGGUCCGUUAAGACAUACUGGAUUUCAACACGCUGGGUCUGGAGAUG